AUGAAAAAUGUCUUUUACGGCGUUUACUGCCACCUGAAUCUCCAGCAAAUAGACGGCCCUGCAUUUACAACAGCCGGUAAAACAUAUAAAGUCGUUACGCAAGAUACAAUCGUUUUACCCUGUGACGUCAUUAAUUUGGGAAAUUACGUUUUGGUAUGGAAAAGAGGAAUCGCAGUACUUACCGCUGGAACUGUUAAAGUGACUCCAGAUCCGAGAAUUCAAUUAAUCGACGGUUAUAAUUUACAAAUACGAGACGUGCAAACUCACGAUGCUGGAAAUUACAUAUGUCAAAUCGGUACCAUGGUACCAUUGGAAAUAACUCACACUCUCGAAAUACUCGUGCCACCGAGAAUACAUCACGUCACUUCCGGCGGAAAUGUUGAAGUUAAAAAAGGUCAAACGGUUACGUUAGAAUGUCGUGCAUCUGGAAAUCCAGUUCCGUCCGUCGCAUGGAGUCGAAAGAAUAACGUUCUUCCAUCUGGAGAAAAAAGUAGAGAAGGUUCCAGCAUAACGAUCGAACAAGCGACUCGACACCAGGCUGGAACUUAUCUUUGUACAGCAUCAAAUGGAGUCGGAGAUUCGGCCAUACAAUCCAUCAAUCUUCACGUUUUGUAUCCACCGGAAGUUGAAGUCGAAAGAAGUUGGGUACAUUCUGGUGAAGGUUUCGAAGCUCAACUUGUUUGCAUCGUACACGCAGAUCCACCAUCCGACGUUUUAUGGUACAGAGAUACAUUGAGACUGGAUACGACAGAAAGGAGAAGUUUUGAAACAAGAGGAAGUCGCCAUACAUUAAUUAUUCGUAAAGUACAAGCAUCGGAUUUUGGAAAUUAUAGCUGCGUUGCUGAUAACACCCUCGGGAAAAUGCGUCAAUAUCUCCAACUUUCAGGUAAACCGAAUCAGGUUGCGUUCAAUAGUAAUCCAGUUAGCAGAUAUCACGACAGUUACAACAUUUCAUGGAUUGUUAACAGUUACACUCCGAUAGAAGAAUUUAAAUUAUUUUUUAGAAGGAUACCUGAAACCGGAAAUCAGGAUUUUAUGUCUUACCAUCAAUAUUCUAGAAAAUACGAAAAGAGAGAAAAUUCAUCUCUGGACCAUUCGCAUCACAUAUUACAUAACAGAAUACACGAUUGGAAUGACGUCAUAUUACCAGCAAUACCAAGCGAAUUGUUCAGUCAGCAAAUGUCUUAUUUGAUAAGAGGUUUGGAACCAUCAUCUCAAUACGAAGCAAGAGUUCAGGCACGUAAUCGUUUCGGAUGGAAUCAAAUCUCGGAAAUUUUUAGAUUUUCAACAAGAGCCAUAGGAUACGCAAAAUUAAUAUUUUUUUUUUUUUUGGAUAAUGAAAUUCACGGUUUAAUGGUAAUUUAA